GGAGUUGGUCUAUUAGGCCUGUCAGGUCCAUAAAUGUCCAUGAAAUAUAGUUAAGCUCUUUCCCCUUAACAAUAAUUGGGCACUGUGUGUGUUUUUCUUCAAAAAUUUAAUUUUCACUUUCAUUUUCAUCAUCUAUGUGCAGUUGUAUUUCAGGCCUUGUGUAAGAUCCGCUGCUGAUAGUGGAUGUGUUUUUUUCUCCUUCCUGUUCUCGUUCCAGUGCACCACAGGUGGCGCUUCGUCUAAUUCUUGUAACCUUUUACGGCUGCGUGUUAUUUCUUCUAGCGUUUGUUGAGCCGCUCUGGUAGCCGUGAGCUGCAUCUCCAGGCCUGCAUCUUUUUCUCUUUUCAGAUUGGUUAUUUCUUCAACUUGCAUCGUUUCAGUUCCUCCACAGGAACCAUACACUCCAUAGGAUCCCAGACUCGUAUCAUUCCACAUUUUUCUUAAGCUUCUCUGCACUUCUGUUGAGGAUCAUGGGGAAAAAGUCGCUGGUUGCUGGCAUGGUGUUCAUCACUUUAGUUCUUCUGGUCGUCUGCCUCGUUGUGCUCUUACGAGUGAAAAACAAAAAUCACUGCUACUCCAAAGCCGCUGUAGCAGCAGACGCCGGGAAAUGUUCUGAGAUCGGCAGGGAUGUGUUACAGCAGGGAGGCUCUGCAGUGGACGCCGCUGUGGCAGCGCUGCUGUGUGACUCUUUGUUUAAUAUUCACAACCUGGGCAUUGGAGGAGGACAUUUCAUCAUCAUCUAUAACGGCUCUACAGGAAAGAUCGAGACGAUCAACGCGAGGGAAACUGCGCCCCUUAAAGCCACCGCCGACAUGUUCGGCAAAAGCACACAGCUCGCACAACAAGGAGGUUUGUCCAUCGCGGUCCCUGGUGAACUCCGGGGCUACGAGUUGGCGCACCAGCGUCAUGGCCGCCUGCCCUGGAGGGAGCUGUUCAAGCCUAGCAUCCAGCUAGCACGAGACGGCAUCCGAGUCAGCAGAGCUCUCGCUAAAGCCAUGCAGAAAAGCCAGGAGAUCAUUCAGUCUACUGCAGCACUAUGUGAAGUAUUCUGCAGUUUUAACAAAACCAUCCUGAAGGAAAACGACACUAUCAGAUUUCCACGGCUAGCAGACACCUAUGAGAAGAUCGCUGAGGGAGGAGCUGAUGUUUUUUAUAAAGGCUCCAUGGCUGACACGAUAGUGAAGGACAUCCAGGCUGCAGGUGGCAUUAUAACACAUGAAGAUCUGUUAAACUAUAAACCAGAGCUGAAUGAAAGCCCGAUGAAGAUAAAUAUUGGAGAAUACACAAUGCACUUUCCAGAUGCUCCGUCUGGUGGUCCUGUGCUAGCGCUAAUCCUCAACAUUGUGAAUGGUUAUAAGUUCUCACACACAAGUGUGUCUACUGUAGAGAACAAGGCACUCACAUAUCACCGCAUCACCGAGGCUUUCCGCUUCGCCUUUGCUAAGAGGAGCAUGCUGGGAGAUCCUCGCUACGUCAACAUCACCAGCCUCAUCCACAACAUGACCUCAGCCUACUUUGCAGAAAACAUUCGCCGUAAGAUCUCAGACGACAGCACGCAUCCCGAGAGCUACUACGAGCCACAGUACUUCGUUCCUGAGGAUCAUGGGACGACACACCUGUCUGUCAUGGCUGAGGACGGCAGCGCUGUGGCAGUGACGAGCAGCAUCAAUCAGUAUUUUGGUUCUAAAGUCAUGUCCCCCUCCACUGGAAUCAUCUUUAAUGAUAAUAUGGACGACUUCAGUUCUCAGAACUUCCCAAAUUCCUUCGGCGUUCCUCCUUCUCCUAACAACUUCAUCCAACCAGGUAAAAGAUCAAUCUCAUCCAUGUGUCCAGUCAUCAUCUGUGACAAAAACAACAAUGUUAAAAUGGUCAUCGGUGCAUCAGGUGGGACCAAGAUCCCCACGGCAACAGCUCUGGUGAUCCUGAACUCUCUGUUCUUUAACUACGACCUGAAAGGAGCUGUAGAGGAAGUCCGAUUCCACAACCAGCUCACCCCCAACUACACUGAGGUGGAGAAGGACUUUGAGAAGAGUCUGAUAGAGAGACUGAAGAAGAGGAAUCACGUGACGAUGCUGCAGAACUCCACAACAGCUAAGGUUCAGGUUGUGAUGAAGCAGGACCAUCAGAUCUGUGCUGAAUCAGACUACAGGAAAGGAGGACGUUCAGCCGGUUACUGACCCAAACCUCAACAACAAUCAACUUCUGACUGUUAGAUUAUUGAGAUUUACAUAAAUACAAACAGAUAAAAUCCUGAUACUUUCCCUCCAUCUGACAUUUAUGUUUUAUAUGUUGAAUAUGUUUUAUAUUUUGUUUUCUGAUGGAAAAACGAUUAAAAGAUGAACUUCAACCUUUAAGAAUAAAAUGGGAAG